GAAGUUAUAAGUUAAAAAUAAUUGAUUAAUCAUCGUCAAAAAACCUUGAAAAAUAUUUCAACUAAGUCACUAUGAUAAUUUUGGCAUUUUAAAUAAUAAAACAACAAUUUUGAAAUUUUAAUCAUGCACAAUUAUUGGCAAAAAAUUGUAAUAAAAUGUUUAUUGAUUAGUAUUUUUGUUUCUUUCUUUUUCACUUGUAUCAUAAGUAUUCUACCUAUUAGUACAGAUGAAUGUGUAUGUAAUGCAAAAGAUAAUAACUCAAAAAAUCUACCCAAUACUGAAUCGAGCAUUUGGAAAAAAUCAGAACAUAAACUUGCUAUUUUAGUGCCAUUCCGGGAUAGGUUUGAAGAACUUCUAACAUUUGCACCUCACAUGAAAAAAUUUCUCGAUAAACAAAAUAUAAAUUAUCAUAUAUUUAUAUUACACCAGACAGAUAAGUUUAGAUUUAAUAGAGCAUCACUUAUUAACGUAGGCUUCAUUUAUGUUAACAAAAAUUUUGACUAUGUUGCCAUGCACGACGUAGAUUUACUGCCAAUCAACGAUAAUUUAUCUUAUGAAUAUCCGGAUACUGGGCCUUUUCACAUAUCUUCUCCAGAUUUACACCCUCGAUAUCACUACCCAACAUUUAUAGGUGGAAUUCUACUCAUAAAGAGAGAUCAUUUCAUAAUUGUUAAUGGCAUGUCUAACAAAUAUUGGGGAUGGGGUUUGGAAGACGAUGAAUUUUAUGUAAGACUGAAAGAAGCUAAUUUGAAAGUUUACAGGCCUAAAAAUAUAUCAACUGGAAUUCAUAAUACAUUCAAACAUAUUCACGAUAAAAAUCAUAGAAAGAGAGAUAUGGCGAAAUGCUUCAAUCAACGAGAUGCGACAAGGAAACGUGAUAGACAAACAGGAUUGAAUAAUGUCUCUUAUAAAAUUGAUGAAGUAGUAAAUAUGACUAUCUCCAAUACUCAUUUGACAUUAUUAAAUAUUGCACUCAUUUGUGAUAAAUCAUUGACGCCUUGGUGUGAAUGCAUUAGUAAUAGAACUAAUUUAACACAAAAGAAUUAGAAACAAUACUUCAAUUAAAAACUUUUGUACAAAAACAUUUAAUUUCUUUAUUGUUUAUGUAAAAAAUUAUCAAAUAACACCUUAUUAAAAUU